GGUCCCUCCACAAAAAAGUAUGUUUGGACUUGGAUUUUCUGUGGUAUGGCCAGCCCGCAAACUUGAGGGGCGGGCUCGGUUUUUAUGUUCAAGAGUCAAGACUCAUUCAUUGCCCCCUCCACAGCUCCAACUAGCAUUUUCGCUUUUGUCUCUAUUUCAGGAACCAAACAUGGUGUAAGUGAUUUAAAUGGACUAAAAGUAUGUGUUGGGAAGUGUUGAAUGUAUGUACAAAAAUGACUUUCAUGUUUGGAGUGCCCAAAUUCUUCCUACUGAUAGAGUGCAUUUAUAGGAAAUACACUCAUUUCUUAAGCUGCCCGAACUUAAUUGUAUAGCUUUCUUAACAUGUUUUUCCCCUCAUGGUGUUUGGUACGUAUUUCCAGAGGAGAUGUUUGGAUCAAGACAAAAACAGAAAAUGCAUAUGGCUGGAACAGACCAAGAUGAAUUCGUAGACCCGUCUGAUCUGGCUGAUCCGGACAGUCGUUUUUGUGAAUUCAAUGGAGUACAGAUACACCACAAGAUACGCGAUGGAGGCCAACCAAACGCGUCACUAGAAAGGAUCGGCUCACUGUCUCAUUCCCAUCAAAGUAAAAGAAUCACAAACUUUCCAAUGGUUCUGUUACACGGCUUUGGAGCCUCGGUUUUUUCGUGGGAGCGGGCCAUGAAACCACUUGCCAAGAUCAGUGGCUCCAAAGUGCUUGCCUUUGAUAGACCGGCGUUUGGAUUGACCUCAAGACCGAUUCCGGUUGAUAACAGAGCUUUGAAUCCCUACUCUAUGAUGUUUUCUGUACUUGCAACACAUUACUUCAUUCACUGCUUGGCAGCUGAUAAGGCAGUUCUAGUGGGACACUCAGCGGGUGGCGGUGUAGCACUCGAGGCGUAUUUUGAAGCACCCGAACGUGUAGCCGCUCUUAUUCUUGUUGACCCUGCAAUUGUUGCACCGUUUACCUCACAGAAAGACAACCAAAGUGCAGGAAAUAGUCAUAUAGAUAACAGGAACUCAGAGUCGUCCUUGUCAAGCAAAAAAUGGAAUUUAUUUGGAAAGCUUUUGAGCAUUUUAACAAACUUUACCAAACUUGUUGCACAAGUAAUAACCGGCAUUGUCAAAGGAAUGGGACAAAUGCUCAACUCUCUAUGUAUGAAAGUUUUAGCUGCAUUCCUGCGCUCUUCCAUCACUCUUUGCCUGGUGAGACUGGUAAUCAGUAUGUUUGGUACAACUUUACUUCGAUGUGCAUGGUAUGAUCGAACGCAAGUAACAGAGUACAUCUUAGAAGGUUACACAAAGCCUCUGAGGGUGAAAGGAUGGGAUCGGGCGCUUGUUGAAUAUGUAAUAGCAAUGCUUACAGAUUCAAAGUUGCGAUCAAAGCCGCCACUUUCACAAAGACUGAGUGAAAUCAAAUGUCCAGUUUUGAUCGUCACUGGAGACAAAGACCGAUUCAUCCCUGCUUGGAACUCAGAAAGACUGUCCCAAGCUAUCCCUGGGUCUUGCUAUGAAGUGAUCAAGAACUCUGGUCACUUGCCUCAUGAGGAGAGGGUGGAAGAAUUUGUCUCCGUUGUGGACAGGUUUUUUCAAAAGGUGUUUGGUGAGGUAGAAGAACCACUCCUGCAAGUAGUUAGUUAGUUAGUUACGCAAAUAAUUCGUUCAAUUGGUCGGUCCCGAGGGACCCUAGGGAUGAGAUUCAUCCUUGGAAAAUAUAAAUAUUUCGUGCACAGCAACGACAAUCAAUUCUUAGUCAUUGAUUGGGGGUUGAGCUACUGUACACUAUUUCUAAUGUUUAAAUGCAAAUACAUCAUUGUAAAUUGCUCCCUGCCUUGUACCACUCUAAUCAUUUCCAAAAAAGAUUAAACUCACCCUAUGGUACCCAGUCCCAUGGUAGCAGGUAAAUUGAGUUUCACCAAAAAAAAUAACGAAUAAAGGAAUGAGAUCUGCAUUGAUAGUAUAAGUGCUUCGUGACACAUAUGUUCCGCAGUCGAACCUAGACAUUACCCUUUUGCACUAGUUCCUUAACCUUUUAUAAUUUGUAAACUUCAAAACUAAAAAUAUAAUUUCGGGGGGGACAAACGUGCUAUGAGCAAUGAUGACAACAUGUAGUCAAAAAAAGGUUAGCAGCAGAGGAAUGUGAAAGAUUAUGAAGAGGUGAGGUCCACAAGAAGAAAAUUUGCCUACACAUUCUUUGAUUGGAAGGAAGCUCCACUUGUGUGUUAAAAACAAAAACACACUUCUCGUUUAGAACGAAAUAUGUAUGAGUAAUUGAGGACUCCAUACAAUAAAGGGAGUAGAUUUCGAGUUCAUUCUGGCCUCCGGGUAUUAAUUUACUACGUACUUUUAGUAUGGGGCUAACUUAAACUGGUUGAAUUUGGAUAUUUUAUCCGAUUUAGAUCGAGAUAUUUUAAUGUUUAGUGAGUACUGAUUGGAACAUCAUCUCUAAGUCAUAGAGUUAAUGACGAAAAGUGGAGGAGCCAAGGAAGGUGAAGUGUUGUGGCAUGCGACUUGAGACUAUGAAUAAAGACGUGAGAGUGUGACGAGACUUGAGAGAGAGAGAGUGUUUAGUAAGAGCUUUGCACAAGCGUGGUUGGGAUUUAGACUUAGAAGCGAACCAAAAAUCAUUAUGCACGCCAUCGAGAAUUCGGGACGGGUUACUCAUCUCAUGUUUGGAUUUGAUGUAAGCGGGUCGGGUUCAGAUAAAUUUUUUUCACUUCGGAUUUGAAUGUUUUAAGGUCAAGCCGGGUUAGGAUUGGAUUG